CCAAAUCAUCAUCCCUCCACCACCAUGCUGGACAGUAAAUAUGAUCUUUUCAAACGUGGCCUAACAAUUUAUUACUUACUAGUUGUUUCUUAUUGACCGGUCAUGAAAUUUGACAUUUAACAUGUUAUGUGAUUGCUUGGUUCACCUGUAUCUGAUUAUAAACGUGUAAAUUAAAUAUGAACAGUCAUGUAGAGUAAUGGGGUAAACAUGCUGAGGGACAUUCCUCCACAGAACCGUGGAAAACGGGCCCCGGGUACAAAUUGGAGCAGACUCUCAGAACUUUCUGCUCUUCCUACUGUUCGCCCCGUUUUAAAAGGAGGAGGUGUCUGGUUUGACCACGCCCACUCCUCUGAUCGAUCUGAUUGGUCUGAAGCCAUGUCAGUCAAAGUUCACGCGGUAGGUGAUUGGUUAGUGGGAGUUCCCGUUCUCAGUUUCAUGGUGGCCAUCUGAGGCUCGGGUUCGACGCUGUGGUGCUGCUGUGUGGCGGGCGUGGCGCACUUUGGCUCGGUUCGGAAAGAAAAAAAAGAGACGAACCGGUGCGGGUCUGCAGCUUUUGCCGGUCGCAGUUCGCUUGAGAAGGAAACUUGACCGGAAAAAUAACGGAACUGGAACUUUUUUCGCUUUUGGAGAAACUUUUUUAAAGAGAGAAACAUGGCAGACAGCGAGGAGCAGCAGCAGGUCUCCUCCAGCACCCCCCUGUUCAGCGAGGGCCACCACUACCAGGCUGAACCGGAACCAGAACCCCAGCUGGAACCUGGGCCCAAGCAGGACCUCUUCACUCCGGAUGACAUCGUGGAUCUGGUCGGCGGGGCUCAGGACGCUCUGGAGCGGCACAGGGCUGAGGAGGAGAGUGGGCUGCAGGUGUCCUCAGUGACUUCCACAGAACCAGUCCAAGAACCGGAGCCAGAACCCGAGAUAGAAGAGAAAAAUGUGCUAGAACCAGAACCUGAGCCCCAGUUCGAGAAGGCAGUCCCAGACUCUACCAGCUUUUCUUUUUGUCCGGAGGAGCCUGAGGUCGUGGCCCCCAGGGCCGAACCAGAGAGCUCGGAGCUCGGCCCGGCCCCCCCGGUGGAGCCUCCUGCCCCGCAGAGCGACGCCCUCCAUGCGGCCGCAGCCCGGGAAGCAGCGCCAUCCCCGGCAGAGGCAGCAGAGCAGCCCGCGGUGACACAGGAACCAGUGGCUCCGGCGUCGUAUGUAUCUUCUCCUCCUAAAGCACAGCCUCAUCUUCUGAUGCAGUUCCCUACAGAACUUGGGCAGAAGGGUGACUCCCCUGCACCCAUCUCUCCUAUCUCCCCUCUUCACUCACCCGACUCUUUGGAAGAGCUGUCUCUGACUGAGAGUCCGAACCAGCCACCUCCUUCAGGAUCUGCUGCACCCCUGGGCUCCUUCUCUAUUGAACUCCCCAGUACCCUUUCCAAGGACAUGCCUUGGGGGGUUGAAGAAGGCGACUCUGGACCAGGUCGUGGUAAAACUAAGGAAGAUCUUCUCGAUUCCUUAGCUUGUCCUUACCUGAGUUUAGGGAAAGACUCAGGGCCUCAUAAUCCAUGUGAAGACAGUGGCAUUUCGUUUUCACCCGAGGAGAAGCUUAUUAGCUCAGGCAGGUCCUCCACCGGCCCCUCCCCCGUGAACCCCCUGAUGAUGGUUCGUGAGUCUCACCUUACCUCCUCUAACCCAACAGAGCACUGGGAUUCACCAUUCCUCUCAUCUGAAGACAACUCCAAGGUCUCCAUGGAUUCCUUCACCAAGGACACAACCCCUAUUUGCUCCUCCAGAUAUGAACCAGAUGUGUGUGGUAACCAGUCUGAUGAAGAUGAAGACCUGAUGAAUGAGAUGAAGAAGAACAAUAACCCAUUUGAAGGCUAUUCCCCACUGGCUGACAGUGGCUACUCCCAUUUUGGAGACUCCAAGUCUCACACCAGUGCAUCCAAAAUGUCAGAGAGUCCCACACCAGACCUGGUCCAAUAUGGGCAAACUGGAGAAUCCCAGGAGAACCAACCAUCCAUUCUAGAUGAGGAGAAACCCUUUGAGACCAGUAAGACAGCCAGUGAAUCACUCAUGGAGUCAAUGAACAAGUUCUCCUCUGGUCCUAAAGAAGAUGAUGAGGAAGAAGAUGAAGAGGACUCUGUUCUGCCACCAUCACUUCCAGACAUCCUGAAGUCUUCCCCUCUCAACCCUGACAAAGUUGAUUCUGGCUCAUCUGAAGGAAGUCCGGAGGAGCAGAGCCCCAUCCUGGAACGCCGAAUGAUGGAGUCGCCCAACCCUCCCAUCAACCUGUCCGCUAACAACCCAUUUGCUUUUGAUACCAAAGUGUCCCUGCUGAAGGAGAUGACCGAGGAGAUGGAGGCCAGAUCUUCAGACAAUACAAAGAUUGAAGAAAACAAAAGCUUUGAAGGCUUCGAUCUGGUCAAAGAGGCAGAGGAGACCACCCCGCUGAAGGUCAAACAAGAGGAACCUGUCCAGAUUGAGCAGAAAGAUUGGUUCUCAAGCAACAAUCCCCCCAAAAAGACAGAAAGGUUUGAGCCGCUUGACUUCCAGAGCAAGAAGACCCCUGCUGAAGAUUCAGACUCUGAGUCUCCAACCGCGGACUCCCUGUCCCCAGUCCUGGAGGCCAUGGCCAAGAAUCCUGCCAGCUUCCAGGUAGAAACGGAGAAUAAAUACUUAAAGAUGGAGAUGGAGGAACCAGAGGUGGCUGAGGAGGUGUCUGAGCAUGAAGUCUCCUCUGAGGAGUUUGAGUUCAUUGAGAGACCGCCCCGAGGUGUAAUCGAUGAGUUCCUUGAAGCUCUGGAUACAUCCAAGUUUUCCUCAGCUAAGCCUCCAGAGAUCCCCAUGGAUGAAGAUUUCAGCUUCAGUCUGAAGGACACACCUCCUGUGGCUGCAGCUCCUCCUGCUAAGAUAGCCUUGCCUUCUGAGCCUGAACAAGAAGCUCCAAGUCAGAGCUCUUACCGCCUCCUCACCCAGGCCUCCCCCCAGAAGAGCAAGGCUGAGCUGGAGACAACCCCGAUCCAGGCUCCCCUCACCCAUCAACCCGCUGGAAAACCAGAGGAGCCGGCCACCAAGAAGAGCGUGGAGGGCAGCAAACUGUUUAAGAUGCCAAACCUGAAGAUAAGAGCAGUGGUGGAGCUAUUGUACUGGCGUGACGUGAAGACGACGGGUGUGGUGUUCGGCGCCUCCUUGCUGCUGCUGCUGUCCCUAACGGUGUGCAGCAUUGUCAGCGUGUGCUCCUACAUCGGCCUGGCUCUGCUCUCCGUCACUAUCUGCUUCAGGAUAUACAAAGGAAUCCUGCAGGCCAUCCAGAAGUCCGAUGAAGGACAUCCGUUCAAGCAGUACCUGGACCAGGAGGUGGCGCUGUCCGAUGACACGGUCCAUAAGUACAGUGACGUGAUUCUGGAAAAACUUAACAAGACCAUCGAGGAGCUGAGGCGCCUGUUCCUGGUCGAGGACCUGGUGGACUCCAUCAAGUUUGCUGUGCUGAUGUGGAUCCUGACCUAUGUGGGCGCCUUGUUCAACGGGCUCACUCUGCUGAUCCUGGGUCUGAUCGGGGCGUUCAGCUGCCCAAUCAUUUAUGAGAAACACCAGGCUCAGAUUGAUCAUUACCUGGCGCUGGUCAACAACCAGAUCAAGGAUGUGGUGGGAAAGGUUCAGGCGAAGGUUCCUGGACUGAAGCGUAAGGCGGAUUGAAGAAUCAGAAGGUCGGAGUUUGGAUUCAGGAAGUCCGGAUGGGAAGUUGGGGGGGGGGCGUGGCCCUUCUUAAUGUAUUUGUCAGAUUAAUAAACUUUUUUUUUCCAGUUCAGAAUUCCUUAUUUUGUGCUUCUGAGAAAAGUUCUGGUCGGUUUAAUGAUGAUGAUCUCUUCUGUUUUAUUUUGUAAAGUUUCUGUGAGCCAAUCAGAGUCUCAGAAACACAUUUCAAACUUGGUGAAGCCCCGCCCUCCUACGUCAGUGUAUCAUAGGGGGUUGGAGCUCCUCCACCCCAGAUGUUUCAUGUCUCUUUCAGGUGGCGGAGCAGGGAGGUUCUGGAGCUGAUGAAGACGAGCUCAGAUUAUUUUUGUUAUUUUGUGAUCAUUUGGUUUUUUUUGUCUCGUCCCUGAAGCUCGGAGCUCGUUUCCUCAGUCAGCCGCUGUCCUGAUGGGGAGGAGGAGGAGGGCUUGUACUAAAAUCUUCAUCGCUUCUCAGUAACUGUAGCUAGAACCAUGUAGAGAACUUCUGGCAGACAAAUAAAAGUCGUUAGAAUCAUCGUCAUGUCAUUACCGCCAUCUAGUGGGGAACUCCAGAGCGUCUCCAUCCUUCAGAUAUUCUAUUUAAAGUAACGAUGAAAUGGGUCCGAGCUUCAAGCUUCAGAAACUGAAACGUUGAUGUGACUCUGAAGAACUUCAGCAUCUGUUUGUUCUGCUUUAAUUGUGAAUGAUAAACUUCUUCAUACUUCAACUGUGCUGAUUUCUAAAGCUCCCGGCUGGGAGUCGUGUUUGUGGAAUGCAUUGUGAGAUGUAAACAGUUAUCAAUAAAGCUUCUAGACGAAGAA